AUGGCUGAGAAACCCACCAUCCCGGAAUCCGAAGCAAAAGCCGCUGAGGCAGACGGAUCCAAACAUGAUACCUUGAAAUAUCAUCUUUUAGGUCCUUCUCUCACCAAAGCGGGCCAAGAUUCGGUUGAUCAGUCAAAGGUUUCCGAGAUCAUCUACAACGCAUCUAAAGGAUCCAAAUACUUCAACCACGAAGAAGUCAGAGACAAAGUCCUAACCCAAAAGAUCGAGCAAAUAUUAGAAAAGAAACGUCGUCUAGAGAAGCUCGACCUAACCCGCGAACUUCGAGCUGCCGACCAAUUCAUAGCUCAACUCGAUGCCUCCCGCGACCUGACCCAACACAUCGUCCACAUCGAUUGCGAUGCCUUCUACGCUGCUGUCGAACAACUCGAUCGUCCCGAGCUCAAAGAACUUCCUUUUGCUGUCGGAGGCGGUGUCCUAACGACCUGCAACUACAUCGCGCGUAAAUUUGGCUGUCGCAGCGGAAUGGCAGGCUUCGUCGCCAAGAAGCUAUGUCCAGACCUGCUCCUCCUCCCUCCCAACUUCGAAAAGUACACCCAAAAAGCACAAGAAGUUCGCGAAGUCCUAGCGCAAUACGAUCCUAGAUUCGAGAGUGCGAGUAUCGACGAGGCGUACCUGAAUAUUACCGAAUAUUGCGUUGAGCAUAAUAUGACGCCCGAAGAUGCCGUUCAGCAGAUGCGAGAUGAGGUUUUUGAACACGCGAAAAUUACGGUGUCGGCGGGAAUCGCGGCGAAUGCGAAAUUGGCGAAAAUUUGUUCGAAUAUGAAUAAGCCGAAUGGACAGUAUAUACUACCUAAUGACCGUAACGCUAUUAUGAAUUUUGUGAAGUCCCUUCCGACUAGGAAGGUUAAUGGGGUUGGACGAGUUUUAGAGCGCCAGUUACAGGAGAUAGGUGUUAAAACGUGUGGUGAUAUUUAUCCUUACCGUCAAUACUUGUUUGCCGGUUUUCUAGCGAACAAGUCAAGAGAACAUCUUAUGCGUCAACUUUUCGGCGACAAGACCUACGAAUUCCUAAUAAUGUGCCAUCUAGGCCUAGGCCGAACCGAAAUCCAACCCGCAGAAGAAUACGAGCGCAAAAGCGUCGGAACAGAAAGCACAUUCCGCGAUAUGUCCGACUCCAAACAACUCCGCGACAAACUUCGAUGGACAGCCGAAGAAUUGGAAAAAGACAUGCGAAAAGCGGAAUGCAAAGGCCGGACUCUGGUUUUAAAGGUUAAGUUGCAUACGUACGAAGUCCUAACGAGACAAGUUGUCACGCCGAGAGCUAUACACGCCGCGGAUGAUCUGUAUAAUUACUCGCUACCUAUAUUGGCGAAGUUGGAACAGGAGAGGCCGGGCAUGAAGUUACGGCUUAUGGGGCUUAGGUGCACGCAUUUGAUUAGCACGAAAAAACCUGAUACCCGUGCGUUUUUCGGGCUGAAGCCUGUGAGACCUGGGACUAGCAGUGGUGUGCUGGAUGAGGCGAAUAUUCCGGUUAUGGGCGAAGUCGAGGGAGACUUCAUUCCACGGGAAGUGUUAGACGACGACGGGCAACUCGAGAUAAACGGUACAACGACGGAAGAUCAACUACUAGAGAAGGACGACACUUAUCGCCACCACGGCAAAGAAAUCGUCCCAAACCCCAAGAAAAGAACACCUACCGAGGAACCGGAGGAUUGGUGGGAAUGUCCAAUCUGCAGCCGACCACAGCCGACCGAUGAACGUCUGUUCAAUGAUCAUAUUGAUCUAUGCCUCUCGAGGCAGGCCAUCCGCGACACAGUCCAGCGCGAUUCUGUGCGGAGUCCAUCUUCUGAUGCGCCACCUCCUAAGAAAUUAAAAAGUGGCAAUGAGAAGAGAAGGAGUCGAGGGUCUAGUUCUAAUGAUCCGAAACAGAAAAAGUUGUCAUUUGGUUGA